GUGAAACGCGCUCAUGACGUUUUUUCCCUUCUUUGAUACGAACGCUUCCCAUUCACUGCACCAUUCGCUUAAAUGAAUGAUUGGAGGGGAAAGGGCAAGCCAGAAAAACACCGUCGAACACGUCCUCAUACCGAGCUUUGCGUCUACCAUGCUAUAUCUACGGAUUGCGCAUGGUUAUCAGGCAUAUUAUGGUACUGCGUUUUCGAUAUAUCUUUUAUUUCUCUUCUAUAUAUGCCCAGGCCUUUCGGCAAGAUUGUUGUACUCCUGGUUCUCCACGGAUAUCAAUCUAAUAAAAACAUCGCCCAAAUACUCCUGUAAGAAUGCUUGUAGAUGAAAACGGAAUGUUCCCUAAGGACCAGUCCGUUAAACGCUACUCUUGACGCGAACACGUGAAUUUUCGACGUGCAGGAAGGCAAACCCAGAUCAGCUUCGGAU